UUAAUCUCGAGUCAAUGAUAGUUAGUAAACAUGGCGGCCAUUAUCUCUGAAGCGGAAGUGGCCGCAGCCAUCGAACAGGCGUUUGCUGAGAGAAUCGACGAAAUGGAGGAGUCAAUCGUGGACGAGACAACGAAUGAACAGAAAGUUCCAACCAUGCAGUGUUCCUUUGAACCGAAAAACAAGUAUGUAAGCGGUGUCGAAAACAUGAAUGAAUACGUUCUCUCGUACUUCGAGUCUUUGAAUCAUAUGAGUCGGAGAAUCAUCACUGAACAACGCGAAGUGAUGGCCGAGCAAGGCAACAAAUGGGAUAACUUAAGUCCCGACGAACAGGAUAAACUCAUAGAUGAACGAAUGGUCAGUCCCAAAGUGAAAAAACACUAUUAUUUAGAUGAUUCUUUUUCAACGAGAAAGCCAGAUUGGUUUCCAGUGUUGAGAUUGGCCCAUGGCAUUUCAGGGUCUGAAGAGCCGGGCAAUUUUAACCCGAGAGAUAGCAUAACAUCUGUCACGGAUAUCCAUUCCAAAGAUCAAUUUUCAUCUCCAUGGUCCUGGGAAACACGAAGCCAACAAGAUCUUCAUUUACUGGAGGAGGGAGAACUUGAAGAGCAACUAAAACGUGCACUAGAAGCUGAUCUAGAAACACUAAAUACUGUAAUUGUACCAGUUGAGGUUAAAACAGAGAAACAACAUGACUCUGACACAGACUCCAAAGACACAAGCAUCAGCAGGAGUUUGCCUGGUUCAGAGCCUCUGUCACGAAAAGAGUUUCUUCUUGAGGGUCAGAAGUUUAGCCCUAGUAAUAGUCCCCAAGGCAGCAAAGGGAGCCUUGCAUCCACACCUCCUAAAGGAAGCAAGGCAAGUCUUAUAUCAGAAACACCACCUAAAGGAAGUAAAGGCAGUCUUGCAUCAGACAUACCUCCUGGAUUAAAUAAGAGAAAUUUGCUGUCUGACACACCUUCAAAAGGAAGCAAGACAAGUCUUGCGUCAGAGACAAAUUCAAAGGAAAAUAGAGGGAAUCCUUUGUCAGAUACACCACCCAAAGAAAAUCAUUCAAGUGUAGCUAAAGAGACACCUCAGAAGAAAGAUGCAAGUAAACUAAACCUUGAGUCUGAGAUGCCACAGUCAUCAGCUGCCAGCAAAUCUUCAUCCCCAAAAGAGCAGAAUGAUUCCAAAGAAGCUUCUCCAGCUGAAACAAAAGAAGUGGAUAUUGGUACUGCUUCCAAUUCAAAUGACUUGUUGGCUUUUCUUGUUAAUUGGUAGCUCAGAAAGCUUUUCAACACAUGGUGAUGUCUUAACAGUUAUGUGGCAUACAUUUCAUGAAAAAAAAAUUCAAUCUAAAAAAACUUUUUCCAAAUGCCUGCAGUGUUUGUCAGCAUAAAAAAUAUAUUCUAAAUGUUGCUGAUUAGGUGCAAGUUAACAUUUAGUUUUAAUGACUGUUUAGUAUUAUUGACCCUGUUUAUUCUUCUGUUGAGGUUUUGUGGUGAAGCUCUAGAAUGAAAGAAGAAAUUAAUUUUGCAUGCAUUUUUAAUAUGCUACAAUUGUGAUAGUAUAUAGAUGGGUAAUGUUUUGAACCUAAGAGAAACAGUUUAUCAUCUAGUUAUAUUGUCAUGGUUGAAGUUCCUGAGACAGUUGUUGUCGUUAUUAGUGACUGACAUUUUGACAGCCCUGGCAGAAGUCAACAUCUCACUUGACUCAGAUGAAGACUUCCACUCAGGUGUUCAAAAUGUCAGUCAUUUGUAACACUUUACCCGUGACCGAGACUAAGUUUUUCCUUACAGCAUCAAUACAGUAUCAGGCAGGCAAGUGACAAGAAUAAAUAAAAAUGUCAAUUAGGUUAAUAUUAGUUGAUCCAAUACCAGAACCAUUAUUCAAACUAACAUCACAUUUUGUUUAAGGCAAAAAAAUUAACAGAUUUUUUUACAUUGUUCAUAUGGGCCACAUCCACAUCGAGGAAAUUUAAAACAGAUUUAUCGAAUUAUAUUUUUGUAAAUACUUUUUUUACACCUCCCAUGCAUUUACCAUGGAUUUCCAAAUUAUAGACCAUGUACAAGGUGAUAGGUUCAAAGGAACACCCCGUUCAAGAUGCUAAAUAGUGUUCUUUGGUGAAGACUCGAGUCCCCAAAAGUUAUGCCACUUUGGGCCAUGCAUUUACAUAUAGGCAAAAUAUGGGAGUUUCUCACUCUGUCAUCGCCCAUCAGCAUGCC